AUGAGGAUUAUAGCGUGGAACUGUCGUGGGCUCGGGAAUGCCGCGACAGUUCGUCAAUUGGCGCAUCUUGUGCGCUUCCACAAUCCCGACUUGUUAAUCCUUUCAGAAGUUCGUAUAUCUGCGGAAAGAUUUUCAAGUAUUUGUUCUAAGCUUCACUUUGUUGAUAAGCAUUAUGUUCCUCCAAAUGGUCGAUCGGGAGGGCUGGGAAUUUGUUGGAUGAAAGGGGUAAGGUGCACUAUUCAUUCUUCUUCCAAGUUUCUAAUUAUAGCCGAGAUUGGGUCGGACCCCCCUGGGAUACCGUGGGUUUUGUUGGGCACUUAUGGUCCUCCCCACUGCCUUGAUAAGGAGGCAUUCUGGAAUUCUGUAGGUGACUAUCUUCUACAAGCUAAAACCCCUAUACUGAUGUUCGGAGACAUGAAUGGCACUUUGCAAGAUAAUGAAUGUUUCAACUAUUUUGGAAGUACUUCUACAUACUCUUUCGAUUUCAGACGCAUGGUCCAUAGAGCGGGGCUAAUUGAUCUAGGCUUUCAAGGCCCUAGAUUCACUUGGGCUAAGGGAGGAAGUAACUCAAACGGAAGUAGCCGGGCAAUGAAACGGGCGAGACUUGAUAGGGGGCUUGCUACUUACGAUUGGAGGAUCCUCUUCCCAAAUGCCAUUAUCAAUCAUCUCGGAGCUGUUGAAUCGGACCAUAGACCACUUUUGCUUGACACCAUGGGAGGAAUAAAAUGUAAAAGCCGUAUCUUUAAGUACGAGAAUAUGUGGUCUCGUGAUCCUCGCUCCUUUUGGGUAGUUAAAGAGGCGUGGCAAUCAAGACUUCAUCCCAACCCGAUGAUCAAUUUCCAUAGGAAAACCAAGGCCACUAGCAAGAAGCUUCAACACUGGAAUAAAACGCAAUUCCGUCACUUAUCUCAGCAACUCCAACAAGCGAAACUCAAUCUAGAAGAGGCGGAGAAAGACAACCCCGACAACUUCGAAGCAAUCGACAAAGCAAAGCAACAACUUUCAGAAGCUCUUUUGAGGGAAGAAAUACAUUGGAAGCAGAAAUCUAGAGUUCAAUGGCUUCAAGAGGGGGACAUGUGUUCAAAGUUUUUCAUGGCCUCUACUAUUGUGAGAAGAAGAAGGAAUUAUAUUCAAAGUAUUAAGCUUUCGGCAGAGGGGGACUGGAUAAGAGACCAAGAUCGGAUUGCGCAAUGCUUCCUUAUGAAAUAUAAAGAAAUUUUUAGCAAAAACUCUCAUGGGCUCACUCCCCUGGCUGAUGGCUUAUUUGAUACAAUCAUCUCUGACCAUGAUAAUGCUCUCCUUAAUGUAAUACCGAUGGAGGAUGAGGUCGUUGAAGCAAUCAAGAGUAUGGGGAAGGACAAAGCUCCGGGUCCGGAUGGACUCCCGCCAAGCUUUUACCUCCACCAUUGGGACACUGUCAAAGAUGAUUUGAUUGAGAUGGUCUUGCAUUUCUUCACACACCUAGAGCUUCCCAAGUUCAUCAAUGAUACUUCUCUCGUUCUAGUUCCGAAGAAGGAUUCUCCAUUAACGGUCAAUGACUACCGCCCAAUUGCGUUAUGCAAUGUAGCCUACAAGAUAAUAUCUAAGAUCAUUGCCUCUCGGAUGAGAUACCUUCUCCCGAAAAUUGUAUCCCCUAAUCAAGCCGCCUUUGUGAAGGGAAGACAUAUCGCUGAAAAUACUAUGAUCGCAAGAGAAAUAGUUCAUUCAAUGGGUAAGAAGAGGGGCAAGCGUGGGUUCAUGCUUAUCAAAUUGGAUCUCGAGAAGGCUUAUGAUAAAUUGAAUUGGGAGUUUGUUAUUUCGGUCCUACACCAAAUCGGCUUCAGUCACCCUUUCACUAAAUGGAUUGAGACUUGUAUCUCGGUUGCCGAAAUCAAGUUGCUCCUCAACGGUUCUGUGGUGGGAAAGUUCUCUCCGGAGAGGGGGCUCAGACAAGGAGACCCGUUGUCGCCCUCCCUUUACAUUGUUGCUGCUGAAACUCUAUCACGCAUCCUCUUUAGUAAAGAGAACCAAGGCCUGCUCGAAGGUUUCAAAUUGGGGCGUCAUGGCACCCCGAUAACGCAUCUGAUGUUCGCGGAUGAUAUUAUUCUUUUCGGCGAAGCUUCAAUUCGGGAAGCUAGAAUGCUUCUUGAUUGCCUAAACUCCUAUUGCCAAUGUUCUGGCCAAUCCAUUAGCUUUCCAAAAUCUUCCGUUUUCUUCUCAAGAGGAGUGUCAGGGAGGAAAGCUCAAGCUAUUGCGCAAACUCUGGGUAUGAAGAGAAUGAAUAGGAAGGCUUCUUAUCUAGGCCUUCCCCUGUUCAGAUCAACUAAGAGAACGGAAGACACUCAACACCUGGUGGAUAAGGUUAUCCAGCGAAUUCAGGGAUGGAAAGUGAAACUCUUAUCAAGCGCCGGGAAGAUGUGUCUGAUCAAGUCAGUUGGCUCGAGCUUAUCGAACUAUGUUGCUUCUUCGGAUGUUAUCCCUACAUCAACGGCCAACAAAAUUGACAAACUUCUGAGGGAUUUUUGGUGGGGAGACACUGACGAGAAACGAAAGCUCCAUACCAUCGCCUGGGAACGCCUGUGUAAACCGAAGACUGUGGGGGGACUGGGAUUUCGUAGUACUGAGACUAUGAACAAGGCUUUUCUCAUGAAGUGGGCGUGGAAAUUUCUCACCGAAGAUGAAUGUCUUUGGAGACAACUGAUGAAUGAUAAGUAUGGUAAAAAUCACAACUUCAUGGAAUUAGAGGCAAGGACAUCCGAUACUAUCUUGUGGAAAGCAAUUCUACGCACUCGGGAAGCUUUACAGCAGGGCAUUUGCAGGAAAAUUGGUAAUGGGAAUUCUACGUCCAUUUGGUUUGACCCGUGGGUACCAGGGGACCCUCGACAACCGACACCUUGCGUUGACUCCUCGGAAGGCAUAAGCUUGGUCAGUAACUUCAUUUCGGAGGGGCAAUGGGAUGAAGAUUUGGUCAGGAACUGGUUUCGGGAUGAAGACGCUCAAAGAAUUCUCAACAUCAAUCUUCCCACCAGUUUGACGAAUGACUCCUGGCUUUGGUUACCCGAUCCAAGUGGUAAUUUCUCUGUUAACUCGGCUUACAAAUUAUUAAAGAACAUUGGCUGUAACUUAGAAGGGGACAGACAUUGGAGAUAUAUAUGGGGGGCGAAGACACAUAACAGACUGAAGAUGUUUUGGUGGAGAAUACUCUCCAAUUGCCUCCCUACCAGAGAAAGAAUUGGUUGUUCCAUUCCUUUGAUGGACCUGCUAUGCCCUCUUUGUUCUUCCUCAAUUGAGAGCAGUCUGCAUCUUUUUUGGGACUGCACUUUUGCAAAGGCUGUGUGGUUUGGGUGUCUUUGGAGCGUUAGGACCAAUAAUCGUUUGACUAGCAAUUGGGUGGAAUGGCUAGAUUGGUUCAAGAAGCCAAAUAACAGACCGGCCACCCUCGACUUCAACCAACUCUUGGGAGGCGCUGCAAUAAUAUUUGAACACAUUUGGAAGGUGCGGAAUCGAAUCAUCCACGAGGGGAUUUCCACUCCAGUUGCCAUUACCAUCAACCUGGUCAAUCUUAGGCUUCGUGAGCUCGACCCGACUGGCAUUAUCUCUCCACAAGCUGUUUGGAACCCCCCCCCCCCCCCGGAAGGCUGGUUAACUUGCAACUCUGAUAUUGCUAUUGGGCGUUCUCAAUCUGCAGGGGCUGUAGUAUUUAGAGACGCUUUGGGAACGUUUCGGCACAUCCUCACCUUCCGCACGACCCAACGGGAUCCUCUCGCUGGAGAGGUUGCUGCUAUUUGUGAAGGUGCUGCAGCGGCUGUCUAUCAAGGAUACAAGAACAUUAUCUUCCAAUGUGACUCGCUGAAUGCGAUUAACGCUUUGAAAAGUAAUCCUGCUGAAAUUCACAAGCUCCACUUCAACAUUCAAGAUAAGAUUGCAAGCUUCUUCAACCUUGGCCGAAGUCUGAACCUUUGGGAGGUUCAAUGGAUCCCUAGAUCUUGCAAUGGUGUAGCCCACUCGGUGGCUCAAUGGGCAAAUCGUAACAACAAAUUUGGUGUUCAUGAUUUGGCCAAUUUUGAUGAUUUCCUGCAGCAGUCCACUGCAGAUGGUCAUAAACUUUCUUAA